UCUAAAUCUUUAACUUAAACGUCGAUUCAAUUUGUUUUAUGUAUGUCGUAUUGGAAACAAGUUUAUGUGAGGUAUUUUGAAAUGGUUAACUAGUUGUUUAAGAAAAAAGCUAUAUUAUUUGUUGAAACAAGGAUAUCAAUGAUGAAUUUAUUCUUCUUCCUCCUUAUGAUAUGUUGUAUAGAUGAUUCAAACGGUCAAUCACCACUUUGUGGCAAUGAAUAUAAACCAGCUGUAAAAAUAUGCAGCAUCGACAACGUGACAACACAGAAACCUGUCUACAUUACUACAUUUAGCGUCCCGAAAUUUCAGCAGACACUUUGUGAGUGUUCGAUAACUUCAAACAUUUCAGAGGUCGAUAUUUCAUUCUCUUUUGUUGAUGAUAUGGUUCCUCAAACCUUAAGCUUUAAAGUCAACGAUGAUGAAAUAAAGUCCGGGCAGCAACGCACUUUCACAACGGAGGAUCGAAGUCUUACGCUUUCUGUCCUCACAAAUGAUGGUUAUACAUAUGAAGGUGCUUGUUUGAUGGUUUCGUCAGAUUCUACUUUCAACGUUAUAUGCGGUAAGUGGUCGUUGACGUCAUCAACGUCAAUAGCAACGUCAUUGCCGUACACUAAUUCAAGUGUUGAAAUGGACAAAUAUAUCAGGAAUACAACUGACAAAGACGAUAACAACAUUAUAAUACCAGUUGUUGCUGCAUCUUUUGCUGUUUUCGUCUGCGUGGCAGUUGUAAUACUUAUCGUUAUAUUUUGCAGAAGAAGAUCUACUGAAAGAAAUAAACAGCCGAACAUAGCCAACCAAAGUGUCACAAAGAAAAAUAAUGACGAUGAAGCAGAUACCAAAACGAACAUAAAUAAUUCAGAUAACGAGUAUCAUUAUGCAGAAUCUGCUAAACAAAACAAACAUGUAAAUGCUGGCGAUUUAAAACGCUAUUCUGAUUCAAAACAGUUUAUCAACAAAGGAAACCACCACGAUUAUUCAACCUGCGCGUCAUCUGCCAAGAAAAGAAAUCCGGCUCUAAAAGCCAAAACAGAGGUCGAUACUCAAAAAAAUGAUAAUUCAGCAGUCAAUGAAAACACGUAUGAUACAACUAAUGCAGGUUCUGUUCAACCAUUCCAAGGUUUUAAUGAAUAUCAUCAUUUAGAUAACGCAGGACCAAUGAAAUUAGCGGUUGUUGAUGUAUACAAUACAAUUGAUAAUGCAAGCAAGUUUCCUGGUCAAGAAGUCGAGGAAGACGUUUCCCAUUAUCAUGUUACAAAUUCACGAUAAUACUGACCUUUUCAUUUUACAGUCUGCAAUAUUUGUUUUCAAUUUAAUUGUGUCUUUAGUAAAGUUUAUUAAGAGGCCUUUAUCUUAUCUGAUAUGUAUUUGCAAGUUAUUUUCCAUUUAUAUUUUGCGUUAUCAACGGUUUCGAUUCCGCAAAUGUGAAGAAAGAAAAGUUAAAUACUAUAGUGACUGUCUACAUUCUCACUUUAUUCUAACUGAAUUUUAAUACAUAUAUAAGGUAUUAACAUUAGUGAAUAAAAAUACACACUAUUAUACAUUGACAUCAUGGAAUAAAAAAGUAUAAAAAUAUGCUCGUGAAACAAUAUAUAUAUUUACAGUUCAGUAAUUUAAUACAACAAUUUCCUAUUCACAGUUCAAUAUAAUACAGUUUUUAAAUUACAAUUUACAUCUGGCUAUAAUUCCGUGCUUAGAAUAGGGAAUAAAGUCCUUAAAGAAGUUUUCAAUUGUUUCUUGAACAUUUCUACAGAUUUACAUUGUCUUUGGUCUCUAGGAAGUUUAUUUCACAAUUUUGGGCCAAUUGUACUAAAACUUCUAUCUGAAAAAGUUUUAUUUCUAUUAAAUGGCACUACAUAUCAUCAGAAAGCUAACUGCGAGGAUCUUAAAGAGCGUUUUGAGGUUUUGGGAGUCAGCAGAUUAAUUAAGUAAAUGUGUACGUUUCCUACAGAACAAUUGUACAUAUACAAACGUAUCUUGAUACUUAUACGAGCAUUAAUGGAAAGCGAGAGUAAAUCGAAAAGUUCUUGAUUGGAGCUAUCACAUUUUGAUUUUGCUUACUCAUUUUUAUAAUUUUAUUUCAUUUGUAAAAUUCUGCAAUGUAUUCUAUUUUGAUUGUGUUGUCUUUCUAACUUUCAAAUAUAAAUACGGCUAACGGUGUCCGUUUUCUAUUCCGUCUGACAACUAUAGUCAUGUGAAUUAACAGAACCGCAUUGGUCGCCCCGUAUGACAUUGCUUGCUCGAUUUAAUUCAGUCUGUAUAAAGACAGCAGUGGUUAAUACAAGCAAUUGUCUAUGCCCACUGACACUGGCGCUAGCAGAAUUAAACGGUAGAAAAUAAUAUGUUUUAAUUUGUAUCAAAUCCGCAAAUGUAUUCCUAAGAUGGUGAUCAUAAAACAUUAUCGUGUCAGUCCAUGUCAAUAGCAUAAUUGCGGUCCAAAAUUGUAAAAAUGGAAAACAAUAUUCUGAAGUAACCUUUUCUGUUAUCUUAAAUAUACGAUGUAGAAUAAAAUGACCGUAUUACAGUAAGUUUUAAACAUCAUUCCUUUGAUUGUAAAGACCACUGACAACAUCGACGUUACCGAUUUCAGUGUACUCACUGUCAGUAGCGUCACCAAACUCAAAGUCAGCUAUAUUAUUUUCGCCAGUUUGCUGGAACACCAAAUGUUGGGUAAAGUUAUUUGGUAAGUCUGGAUUAUCAUCAUAUGCUUCCAUUCUUUGUUCAUCAUUCGGUGCACGCUUUUGUACCAGCGAAUAUAGAGGAGACUCAUUCUUGACCAUAAUUGGUUCAGUCAUGUUAUACAAAGGAUUCUCUGUCAUAUCAUAACCAUUAUCAUCUCCGUCGUUUCUUGCAGAUGUUUCAUUCUCUUCAUGUGAUAGCAUUGGUGUCCUCACAUUUUUCUUCUGUUUCUUGGC